AUGGACGAUUGCCUUAGUUCGGUACUGCUUCCUAGCAUGAAAGAGCGCCAGAAAAAGUUAUGCCAACAGCGACAAAAAUCGAAUCAUAGGCCAUUGUACGAAGAUUCCAACAACUUUGGCGUACGAAUGCUCGCGAAACUGGGAUGGUCCGUGGGUAAAGGUUUAGGUAAAAACGAAAACGGAAUAGCCGAGCCCGUGACGAACGCGAUUAAAAAAAACACCGAAGGGGUUGGUUUUGUUGGCGGUAAGGACGACCAGUGGACGCAGCACGAUGCCGACUUCAAUAAUCUUCUCAAACAAUUGAAUGGUGAAGAAGAUAUAGCUACCGAAGACGGUAGCAUCGAGAACGAUCCCAAGUCCCAGCUACAAUCGCUCGAGGAACGGUCGAAAAAUUCCCGUGCUCGUGUACACUACAAGAAGUUUACCCGUGGCAAGGAUUUGAGCCAGAUGAACGAUAAAGAUCUUGCCAAUAUUUUUGGCAAACGUUCAAUAGCGGACAUCAAUAAGCCAAACGAAUCGUUCGAAAAUGAUGCGUCCCAGAACGAAAGCGACGAAGAUUCGCAACCGGAACGGCCUGUUUUGGGUUUGUCCACAAUCAAAGCAAGUGUAUCGAUACAAGAGUAUUUCCAAGAGAAAAUGAAACAGAAAAAACUUUCUAAUGGUAACGGUGUGAACGGAAUAUUUGCAACCAGCGAAAAAGAAGGAAAUCCUUCCGAUGAAAAACUUUCAUCUGUCGACAUUGAUAAGCGUAAGACGAAGAAAAAUAAGAAAAAUAGAACUGAAAUCAAAGAUGGUGAUGAGGAACAUUCAUCUGCCGACAUUGAACGGGCUAAAUUGAAGAAAAGUAAGAAAAAACAUAGUGAAACUGAGGAAUCUUUACCGGUUCCAGUAGAGGAUACGGUAGGUGAAGAAAUAUCGCAGAAAAAAGUCAAACGGAAACGAGAGAAAACGGAACAAACCGUGGAAGAACCUGUAGAGGAGCUUUCGGUUGAGCCGGAAGAUGAGUCUCAACCGGUUAAAAAGAAGAAAAAAUCCAAAAAACGGAUCGCUGAUCCGGCAUCAGAUGAAAUCCGUGAGGUGGCACAGGAAGAACUUCCUGCAAGCGCCACCAAAGAACCAGCGAAAUUGAAGAAAAAAUCUAAAAGAAGUAAGCCUGAUGCAUCCUCAGUAACAGAGGUAGAUAACACAGAACAGGAUAACUUUCAAACAGCGAACGAAACGGUUCCCAUAGACUCGUCUGAAUCAGUAAAGAAAAAGAAAAAAUUGAAAAAGAAGCACGAAAUACUAGCAGCCAACAUCGAUGAGGGAUUAAAAACAACCGAACAAAUCAACGGCACUGUGCACGAUUCAGACGGUAAGGAUAACAGUAAUGCAGAGAAACAAACCACAGUGCAACAGUUUGCACCUGUGGAUACGUCCAACUGUCUGCAGGAACCUGAAGAGGAAUUGACCUUAAAAGUGAAAGCCGACCUACUCAAAUACCUGGACGAGACACGUUUCACUGGCUCUAACUUUGCCAAUAUUAUCGGUUACAGAUUGACGGAGGAAGUAAGGCUCGUGAAGAAAGACGGUCUGGGGCGGGCACAAUGGCUCCAACUGCAUAGUACCAUGAAUCAUCGAUCAAAAACUAUGUCAAUCACCACAUGCGGCGCAGGAUUGCUGCACGGUAUUUCCUGA